GGAAUGGUUUUGUGAGUUGGACGCAGAGUAAAGAAUAUGAUGUAAAAUCUGAUCAAGAAAAUUCAGGAACUACGAUUCAUGUCAAACAUGGAGAAGAUUUUAAAAAGGAAAUCGAUGCUAAUACGUAUACGCAUCCAGCGUUUAUAGUUAAAAACCCUAUAGUUUGGAUACCACAAGAUCUUACUGGAUUAUAUUUAGAAGAAUUUUCAGGAUGUCAAGAAUUUGGAUUAAAUGUUACUUAUAAAGGCGCUAUAAUAAAUGAAAAAUUUAAAGUUGAAGUGGAUCUUGAAACUGCACCUAACAUUAAAGAUGAACUUUACGUAGAAAGUUCGGAAAGUUCGGAAAUAAUGAUAAAAGAUUCAGCAAAU